CUCCUAAAUGUAGAAUGUAAUGGAAUGAAUCACCUAGCAUGUAAGGGUCAGCUGGAGAAUUCACUCUUCUGGGUUGGUGAGCUGGGCAUGUAUGACUAUUCUCGUACUUAUGGAUCUUCUGUUUCCAUCAAGUGGCUCAUAGAUUUAUCAGUUAGUAGUACCUGCAGGCUUGUGAAGGCAUUGUUGGACAGGGGUGCAAAGUACAUUGUGGUUCAAAGCCUUCCACCGACUGGGUGCCUCCCCUUUGACAUUUCAUUAUCCCCAGUAAGUGAUCACGAUAAUCUUGGGUGUGCUGAUACUGCAAACACGGUCACACAAACCCACAAUGAACUCCUUCAGGCCAAGUUGGCAGAACAACAGAAGCAGUACCCUGACAGCAUUAUUGCAUAUGCUGAUAUUUGGAAUGCAUACUACACGGUACUGAAAAAUCCCAGUCAGUUCGGAUUUUCAGAGCCUUUCAAGGCAUGCUGUGGAUGUGGGAAAGGAGACCUCAACUUUGACUUGCGUUCGUUGUGUGGUGCACGCAACACAAGAGUCUGCAGUGACCCCAGCAAGCACAUCACCUGGGAUGGGGUUCACCUCACAGAAGCCAUGCAUCAUGUUUUAGCUGAUCUCUUGUUAAAUAAAGGUUACUGUAAACCAUCAUUCGAUCAGCUAGUUAAGAAGAAAAGAAGUUGCACAGCUAACUAGCUUUAAGUUAGAAUUUGCCAGGCUCAUUUUAAUAGAGUGUAUGCCGCAUUCAGACAGCUAACAUAUAUGUUUUGUUUCAGGAUGAUUUGCAUUUCAUUUGACUUUUCGUGCGAUAUGUAUUUGUUAAUAAAAUGAUCAAUUUCCUCAAGGAAAAGGAAAAUCCAGAAAA